AUGGGCGGCUCAUUGCAGGAGGUAGUGCUACCUUGCUGCCCAGAGACAGUGAGUUUGGCCCUUGGGACCGCAAAUGUGCUGGCCCUGUCGGACGGCAACCUCUUCGGGGCCUCACUGAGUUUAGCAAGCUUUCAAGAGGAUCAGCCAGAGCCCUUGGCGCUACGUGAUAUUACACCAGAGCCCGUGGAAGCGGGAGGCAUCUCGGUCAACGACUUUAAUCGACAUUGUGGUCUGAGCGAGGAACUGGGCAUUAAUUUGGCGCUGACAAAUGCGGCAGCUGAUGGCUUUCCCAUGCAUUUCGAAAGAGACACGCAUGUCCGAUUUGUCAAGGUGGCUGCCGGGAAGCACCAUUUUGCUGCAUUAUCGUCACACGGGAUCUUAUACACAUGGGGAAGAGGUGGCACGUGGGGUGCUGGAAGUCCUUUAGGGCAAGGAGAUAGAAAGAACCGGUCUCGGCCAACACCAGUAGGCCAGUUUGUUAGGGCUGGAGAGUUUGUGGUGGACGUGGCAUGUGGGGCUACUACCACAUGCGUAGCUACAAGUUCGGGCCGAGUGUUCAGUUCUGGGGCGGCAGACUACGGAGUAAAUGGCAGUGGAAUGCUCAUCAGCAGCAAAGUCUUUCGGGAGCUGGAGUUCUUUAGGGGAUUACUCUCCCCAAAGCUUCUUGAGGCCCAGCGUCUCGUUGAAGAGGGGCAGCUGAGGGAACUUGAAGCGUUCAGGGAACGCUUCGAUCAGGAGGGAGUCAACCUGUCUCACCUCCCGAUGAGGCCUUUUGAUGCUCUUCAGGAGGCUCCAGAGGACUCUACUUGCAAAAACAGUACACGCUGUCGGGCUUACUCGGUGACUGGCCACUUGGGGCUCCCAAAGGUGAUGUGUGGUGCGGAGCACUGCGGUUUGUUGACCCCUGAGGGAGUUCUUUGGAUGUGGGGACGAAACGACUGUCUACAGCUUAGCAAGGAGAAGUCAGUGAUGGCAUCGGGAGGGGAGUCUAACUACCCGCUGUUAGUGGAUUUCUUUACGCGUUCAGAUGUGCCGCUAGGUAGUUGUGCUUUGGGCCCUAACCAUACCGUUGCUCUUGCGAAAAACGGGAUGGUAUACGAGUGGGGAGGGAGUAGUGCGGAGUCCCCUCACCCUGUUGACUUGCACUGGAGUUACCCAGAGAGCCUCUUUAAAGACUGCGUGAUGAAAGUUGCUGCUGGGGGGUUUUCAAGCUCAACCUCUUUCUCUGUUGCCCUUACAGGAAAGGGAGAGGCAUUUUUUUGGGGACCAGGGGCUUCAAUGCUGCCCCUCGGUGUCGGCCCAGCGUAUGGCCAUAUACCACAGGUGGUCAAUGCAGCCCUGCCUACCCAGAAAUCAGAGCAGGAAGAUGACACGGGAAAGGUCCGGAUACGCGACAUUGUCGCUGGGCCUUGUGGCUGCCUCCUGAUGACCACAGAUUCACUGUCGCCAUGCUUUGUUAGGUAG